CAUGUGAAUUAAUAUUUAACCAUUAAGAAAUCACAUGUCCUGGCGCCAAGUUAAGCGGCUUUAUCAGGGAAAACCAAAGGCGCAAGUUUCUUAUCCAGGCAGGACUCCCCAAUAUCUCAAGGUAAAUGUUGCAUGGCGAUGGCUUGCAGUUUUGCUGAAGAUACGUGUCUGUUUCGUAUCUCUUUAAAUGUCUAAUGUAAUCUUUUUGAGAAAUUCGAGGUUCAGUUUACAACAUGAGCAAACAUCUGUCUGACAGAGAGCUGGUGACGUCAGACAGCCCCAGACUGAGUGCUAACGCUGGAACAGUGGGCGCACACAUACACAGGCACAGUCACGUUUUAACAUACGCGCGGGCACGUCAUCAUAGACGCUGGAAUCACAGCCUUUGCUUUCUAUAGUAGUGGUGCUCUACAGCGAAUAAAAUAGGCUACAAGCAAGGACGGACACCUAUCAGAAGCGUGAGCAGCGGUUUGUGGCACAGCUCUGUCGCGGGCAACUGAUCGCUUUAAAUCAUGCUGUAUUGACUGAAGAGAGGCUAGUACAAUCAAUGGCUUGGCUUUGAAAUCGUUCACAAUUUAUUGGAAAGGAGUGUGUGAGACGGGGGAGAGGGAGCGCGCGAGAGAGGAGAGAGGAGAGAGAGAGGUGGAAAUAAAGAUUAUUUCAAAGAUGGAACUUACAAUGGAAAACAUUGGAAAUCUGCACGGCGUAUCUCACUCUCAUCAAACGGGUGACUUAAUGAACUCUCCGCACCACGCACGGCAGUCCUUGGCGUCGCAUAGGAACUUGGUUUCACACGGACGCUCAGCCAUGGUGUCCAGUAUGGCCUCAAUAUUAGAUGGAUCUGGGGAGUAUCGCACAGACCAUGCAUUGUCCGGUCCCUUACACCCCGCAAUGACCAUGUCCUGCGACUCCGGGAUGACCAUGAGUAGCACUUACACUACGCUGACGCCGCUGCAGCACCUGCCUCCCAUAUCCACCGUCUCGGAUAAAUUUCACCACCAUCCCCACCCGCACGCCCACCACCACCCGGCGCACCAGCGACUCGCCGCCGGCAACGUCAGUGGCAGCUUCACCCUGAUGCGGGACGACAGGAGCCUUGCCUCGAUGGGCAAUCUCUAUGGCCACUACCCUAAAGACAUGUCCGGCAUGUGCCAGUCGCUGUCCCCUCUCUCCAACGGCCUCGGGUCUUUGCACAACUCUCAGCAGACUCUUUGCGCUUAUGGUCCUGGCACCCACCUCUCCAACGACAAAAUGCUCUCGUCCGGAGGCUUCGAGUCUCACGCAUCGAUGCUGUCCCGGAACGAGGACCACCUGAGCCGUGGAUUGGGAGGGCACGGGGCCGGGAUCAUGUCAUCCCUGAACGGUAUGCCCCAUCACAGCCAUCCGCACUCUCAGGCUAACGGGUCCAUGCUCUCUGACCGGGAGAGGCAGACGGCGGGGGGCGGGCAGGGAGGUGGUUCGGGGCAGGUGGAAGAAAUAAACACCAAGGAGGUGGCACAGCGAAUAACGGCGGAGCUCAAGCGCUACAGCAUUCCCCAGGCCAUCUUCGCCCAGCGGAUCUUGUGUCGGUCCCAGGGAACCCUGUCUGACCUGCUGAGGAACCCUAAACCCUGGACUAAACUCAAGUCUGGCCGGGAAACCUUCCGGAGGAUGUGGAAGUGGCUGCAGGAACCCGAGUUCCAGAGAAUGUCGGCGCUCAGACUAGCAGCCUGCAAGCGCAAGGAGCAGGAGCAUCACAAAGACCGCAACAUGGUGCCCAAAAAGCAGCGGCUGGUCUUCACGGACCUGCAGCGCCGCACACUCAUCGCCAUCUUCAAGGAGAACAAGCGCCCGUCCAAGGAGAUGCAGAUCACCAUCUCCCAGCAGCUGGGCCUGGAGCUCAACACUGUCAGCAACUUCUUCAUGAAUGCCCGGCGCCGCUGCGUGGACCGCUGGCACGACGAGCACAGCACCAGCCCCGGCCAGCCGGGCACCUCGGCCACCACUUUCUCCAAGGUCUGAGACACCCGGGGGGAGCCACAAGGUGGCAUGGGGAUGUGGAGGUGGUACCUCCUGUAUCCCACUUCGUUCCCAAUAACCAUGUUGAUGCCUCCUCAUUCGUGCCAUGCAACCACGUCUUGGUCAGUCGCAACUGUAACCACCACGAUCCUGAACAUCUCACCCCUGGACUGUUAUGAAGCAAGUGAAACGCAAAGGUAACAUGUAGUCAGGUCCACACAAGGACAAUCAUCUGUUUUUCGAUUGAAUCAGCUUUCUGUUGAUGGUGUCAGUCCAUUUACACUACAGACACCAUGAUAUGUUUGUUUAAACGAUCUCAAAAUCAAGCCUCGGCCAGCCUCCCUAUCCAGGUAGUUUCUACUGAAUCCCUCCCAGCACUCCCCUUUGUGUCUGCUACUCUGAGUCUCUCCUCACAUCUCUCAUCUCUCCACAAAGCAACAUGGACAGAAGAACUGCAAUAAACAUGACAGCACACAGCCGUGUGAUCCUACCCAGUUCUGUGCACAAGGCCAUCCUGGAGAAAACAACACAACCCCGUUGAAAAAACAAAAGCUCAACCUCUCAUUUCCUCUCCUCCUUCUCUCCACUCCUUCUUCGCCAAAGGUAUUCCCUGAUGGCCAGCCAUUUCAGCGAGCCACUCGAAUCAUACUCUGGCAAACUAAUGAAUCGAAAAAUGAAUCGAUGCAGACAGGGAGAGGGAACGGGGCUUUGACCCUUCUUGAAGGUGAAACAGAAGACGCUUGGCAAUAAAGAUACUCAGAUCUGCCUGGCUGCCUAGGUCUAUAUUAUUGCACAGAUGUUGGAGGCCUGCAGGGAGACUUUCGUUGCUUGAGAGAAGCAGAAGUGUCUGUCGGGGAGGUGAGGGAGCGAAACGCCUGGACAUGCUCUUUGUUCAGGAGGGAGCUGCUUUUCACUGAUCAAUACAGAAACCAAGCGACAACACGGCCAGGCAGGCGACAAGCGAACUGCAUUAUAGCUGCUGUAUAGGAUGUAAGAAGAGCACAUGGAACCCAGUGGAGGUGGCGACACAAUGGCCCAACAGCUGCCCAGUCUGCUCUGCACAUAAGGUGCCCCAGUGCCCCCUGCUGGUUAUAAGAGUAAGCUGCAGCCAGCAGCCCUCUAGGAAAGGCCUCACGGUGUGUUCCAGGGCUGGGGAGAGAGAGGCCAUGGCACAUGUUCAGGCCCUCGCAGAUCUCUGAAGGCAGAUCAAUAGUGAGCCAUUAUCCUAUUGUUGUUCCUCAUCCAACGAGGACUGGUGAAGUAGGAGGAGGGGGAUGGUUCAAGUAGCACUCAGUACCCUGGAAAAUAGAAGUCAGGUUUUUAGCAAACACUCCAAAUACGUUACCUUGAUAAGACUCACCAAGCAAAUUGAUGGCCUUGUGUCACAACCCACACGCUGGGGUAUUGAAAAGAUACACACAGAAACACAUACAGCUGAUAUAGAGACAUGUCUCAGUUUCAUUUAGUGGACAGAGGGAUAAUGAUGGAGCCAGACACAUUUGAGGUGCUACGGAGAUUUAGCUUUACAUCAUCAUUUAUGCAAAAAUGGUGAGAAGGUUUCCUGUUUUGAAACAUCUGAAAUGACACCCAGUUCAGAUGCGUUAUCCGUCUGUUACCAAAAAUAAUGAUCAGUAGAUUUGGAAAAGAGCAAAUUUCCCGCUGGAUAGUCCCACACAAUGGUUAGUAUCUGUGGCUAGCCAUCACACACUACAGUCACAAAUGCUACAAGAACUAGUGCCAAUGCUAACUGCCUUAAUGAUAAUCAGAGAAUAUGGUACUGCAUUCACACAGAGCUACAGUGUACCCUACUCAUAAUGAUGGGCAGUAUGUACCAUAGCAACCAACAAUCAACUUUUAAGUGAAUUAGAAUCUACUUUUUUAGAAAACGAAACGUUAACCAGAUUUUAAGGCAUACAAUACCAAACCUCAAAACCACAAAGAUACCACAAUAUGUGUAAAGACAAAUCCACCAACACAUACUGGACACAUGUUUGAAACAGAGGAAAUUCUCUCUCUCUUUCAUUCUAUCUUUGGUUCUCUACCCCCUCUUCCCCCAUCCCCCUCUUCCCUCUCUUUCUCUCUCUUUCUCUCUCUUUCCCUCUCUUUCUCUCUUUCACUCUAUAAUAUUAAUGCGGGUAAUUAGUACCAUAGACACAAAGUUUCUCUCUCUUGUUACUUCUGUGCUCUGUCGUGCAUAAGUAAGGCACCUUGUUGAUAAAUCAAAAAAAGACAAAUGAAAGGACUUUUUAAAAGAAAAAAAGAGGGAUGUGUGGACCUCGACCAAUGAAGGACAUCGUUUUUUUGGAUUAAAUGUGAAUAUUGACAAGGAGGAGACAUUUCCCAAGACAAGGAGAAAGCAGGGAGAUGGACGGUGUAUUCUUCAUACCGUUACAUGUCAGGGCUGCGGUCUGUACUUCAGCACCUCGUUAAUCUGAGCCCCAAAAAGGGGCUGUGAAAAGGGGACACAACAUGACCUCCACAUGUCCUUGCUGAUUAUAUGUGUGUAUGGGGAGGGAGGGAUGAAGGUUAAAGGGGAGUUAGGACAUGGAUGUUAUCUGUGGGGUCUUAAAAUGCAACUGUAGCAUUUCCAACAAUGUAGUUAGAUUAACUGUGCAGAAUAGAUAAGAUACUUUGAUAGUUUGAAACGGCUCUAAACUCGCUUUGCUAUAAGCAGUGAGUUUAAAGUCUCGAACGAUGAGAAAAAUUGAUUUGUGGUACACAGUUCAGCAAGGGCAGAAUUCAGCUCUAUGUACGUGGCUGAAUAAAUGACCUUUGUUUGUAGUGAGAACCGAUGUGGCUACCUCACUAAGCUGAGUGGUUUGUGAAACCGCCACGAAUACCAAAGAUUACUCCAGCCUGCCAGUCCCAUGCUGCCCGGGGGACACACCAAAAAGAACCCCCCUCUGCCCCAACGCUGUUACAGACACACACACUGACACACAAACACACAUACCCUAAAUGUACAGUGCAGUCAGGCUGCAUUGUACCACAAAGGAGGAGGUGGCUACCAUGCAGAUAGAGUUGAGUGCCUUUUUCCUUCAACCACAGGUGGGACUGCUCUGGACACACGCACACACACACACACACACACACGCACGCACGCACGCACACACACAUGCACGCAUGCACGCACGCACACACACACACACACACACACACACAAUUUGUUAUUAGAUGGACAGAAAGGGGCACAGAGUGGGGGCUGUGUCAGCAUCUUCUUUCAUAUUGACUUUCCAUCUUGAUACACUAGAAUAAAAGCACUUUAUCAUGUAGAAAGUCUAGAAAACAUUUUCUAGACACUAUUUAUUUCAGACAAAAAUAUGUUACUUUGAAUUCCGUAAAUCACUUUGUUACUGCAUAGUAGUUGCUGUCAGAGGGGCUCAGAGGGUGCCCUUGUUUUCUUAGCCUGGUGUUCUUCUGUUCUCCGUCCCUUCACUCCUCCCAACAGAGAUAUUUUUAUGUAACAGAGAGGGAGGAGGUAAAGGGCUUGGCAGAAGUCAACAGUUGCCAGGAUGUAGUUGUAAUAUCUUACCACUGUAUAUCAUUCUCCCUACACACUUGGUGCAAGCACUAAUGCUGCGUGGGGCACCUGAACAGUCAUUUACAAUUAUAGACAGACACAACUUCUCUCUCCCUCCACCUCCAUCCUGUCUACUCUACUCACACAUCAACCUCUCCCCCUGGCCAGAGCUAAGACUUGGUAGGCAUCUGUUGACAAUUAAUUCUGAAAUACCUCAAACCUUUCAAGUUUAUGUAAUUAACUGAAAAUAAUCAUCCUAAUGAUAAAAAUGACUAUGAUUCUAUGAUUCUAUGAUAGUUAGUUUUGGAACUUGUGACUUGAAGCUUUAUACUGUUCAAUGUUUUUAUUUGUUUGCUUAUUUUUCUUUUACGUUUCCUGUUUGUUUUGCUGCGGCAUGCACUUAAUGUUUUCAUAAAGUAAAGACAUUGUGAAUGUUUCUGUGGAAAAAGAGGAAGAGACAGGAGAGAAUGCUAGAAGAGGAAGGGAAGAGAGAGAGAGAGAGAGAGAGAGGGCUACAAGAGCUACUUAACACAGAUAGAUAUUUAGCUCAGCUAUUUGAAGUGUGUAUUUUUAAAGACAAAAAAAAUGUCAUGGAUUUGGAUCGGAUAAAAAAAAAGCAUCAUUUGAAUAUCAACCGUAGGAAGAUGUUUUUUUUACUCAUCCCAAGCUUUCUUCUGCCAUUUUGUUCUCUUUUCUCCAAAACAAUUUCACAGUUACUUUUGAAGUGUGUUCAAGUGCUCCUGAUGUUAUUAAUAUAUUGAAAACAGCACCUCCUAUUGAAAGGGAGGUGCAACAUUUUGCAUGGAUAUUGUAUAACUGUUUAGAAACCUACAGGAAUGACCUGUGAUUUUGUGCGAGAGGAGGAAGGAAAGACUGGGGUGGAUGGAGGGGGGUAUUUGGCAAAAGGGCGGGCUGGGGUCGGGAUUUGGCAUUUGUUUUUAGAGAUUUUUGUCACUGUUGGAUUCUCUGGUUGUGUGCAUGUGUCGUUGCAACCCUCUCCCCUCCCCAUGUUUUUUUUUAUGCGUAUAAAUCCUGACAGUAGGGGGCAGUGUGCUGGGGGAGGUUCCACCCCUCCUCUCCAAUCAAUCUCAUUCAAUCUCAUUCCUCAGCCUGGCUACUAACAUGGUCCUGUUGGUGGCUGUCCUGCUUUUCCAAGGCCGGGUUGUUUCCUUGGAGUUAAUCAGAGGGACUAAGCCACAGGCCUGUAUGUACUGUAUGCCAUCCUUUUCUUCAGUCUGUGUGUGUAUGUGUGCCUGCAUUUGUAUUUAUCUGAAGAAGUGAUCUUUCUUUGGUUUGCAAUCUUUGUCAAGCGAAAAUCGAACAUUUACCAACCAACCAGUACAUUGGCAACUGACCCCUCCAACCAGAAAUGUUCAUCUACUGUCAAACAGCAUAUGUGCAUCAUCUUCCUUUGGGAUGUAAAGUUGCCAGUCUGCCUGCAGUCAGAUCCGGUUAACACCCCAGUCACACUGUGCUCUCCCUCUUCUGGUGCCUGUUAAUCAAUCAGAACCAAGUGUCUUUGUGAUGGUAGAAGACAAUCAGUUUCAAAACAAGAAAAAGGAAGAGAGAGGACAGGCCAGCAGGGGGGGUUGGAAGGAGAAAUCGGGAAAAGAGGCUCUCUGGGUCAUUUACAGAUGUACUGCGCCGACUGCAAAAAUAUUCCCACUACCCACUACUACCCACCACCCCACACCCUAUCAUCAAUCUCAUCACAAACAACACAUCAUUACAAACAACUCAAACCAAACAGUUAGCCCUUACCUCGAGACACUCCUACUCUGACACCCCUUGUCUAUAUUAUUAACCCAAUGCAAACUACACAACCAACAAUGCAGUGCUGUGCAAUGCAAGACAGCUGUUACUACAUUUCCCAUCUGACCCCUGUCCAACAUGGCCUCCUGCUGAUCUAAUGUUGAUGAAACCAGCCAUAAGAGAUAUGAGGCUCUGGCUGGUGGCUUUUGCACAGAAAACUAUGCAAACACCUGACCCCCCAAUCUUAAUCAUUGCUGCUGGGUCAGAGUGUACAAACUUCUAUCCUCCACCUACCCUUUCCAUUUCAUGACAUCUGCCCCCUUCCCGGUUUCCCCCAGAGUGGGUUUAGCAGCUUCAGUCACUCAGGGUACUGUAGAGAGGGCCUGGAGAAGAGAGGCACUGCAGCACUGACUCUCUAGUGGGUACCAGACUGUGCUUUUACAGCUUUUAGAAAGGCCCCAAACUGUCAUUGACAUGAAAUGGAGUCCAUGCCCAAGUGGGUAGACUAAAUCAAUUUGCUACAUGGUUCAAUGUGUUACAAUGUUGUACUGUAUAGUCUCUGUUCAGGGGCAAGGAAGGUCCCAAUCAAUCAAUGCAGAGACAUCCAUAUGGAAGGAACACUCUUUAAAGGCAAGGGCGACAUACAGUACACAUACUCAUACACACACCUGCAUGGAAUUACAGAUGAGUCUGCCCUUUCAGAGCAUUUGCUAAAAACCAAAGAUGAAUUCAGAGGUAUGACAAUCUGACAACUGAAGCGAGACAAUGCCCAGCUCUCAAAGCUGCUCUAGUUUCCUGUGAGUGAUUCCAACACUGGCCAUGUAAACAUGCCUCCCUUGCUGUUAGAUCACACACACACACACACACACACACACACACACACACACACACACACACACACACACACACACACACACACACACACACACACACACACACACACACACACACACACACACACACACCUAUGCGUCCUGCAGGAUGUUGAAGGCCCAACACACCGAGAGCCUCUUGUCCCUCCUCCUACUGCAGAAGCAGGAGAGCCUGUGGAUUCGUUUUAUUUAGCUUUAGUGGAUACUUUCGAGAAGGAAAAAAAAUCUGAGUAAUAACCGUUACAGAAAAUAAGAACUUAAAAAGGAUAAUAUGGGUAAAUUGCGUGUUUUGAAACAAAUGAACAAAUAAACAAUUGUAAAACAUC